ACUCUCUUUACAAUAUACUUUAUUUUUAUGGUUUGACUGAGAAAUAAUCUUUUUCCAACCAAACAAACCUUUGGGCCGGGUUUAGUUAUAACGGAGAAAAUUUUCCUCCGUUUUUUCUUCGCUUAGAAGGAGAAGGGAAAAGGUUUAUCUCAUCUAUAAGAGGACAGGAAAAACAAGAGGGGGCGACCUUCCGAGUUUUUCUUUGGCAGCUUAUGUUGGUGGACCACUAAUUUGCUCUUAUUUUUCAUUUCCUAUUCACAAAAAUAAAACAUAAGAAACCAGUGGCACAAAUCCUUUUGAACUUCUUGUGGAUCAGAAAUCUCUCUUCUCUUCAGUUCAAUUCCGCAAUUGUACGCUAAAGAAAAGCAAAGAAUAAAAUUGAAGAAAAAAAAAGAUUGAUUAUUGAAAAAGGAGCAGCUGGAGAAAAAAAUUGAAACAUCAAGAGUUUCAUAGAAAUCAAUACUAAAAGAUGGCAGUACUGGGAGGAAGAGCGAUAGGGCUUUCGAGCUUUCCAUCAUCGUCUUCAUAUCUUGGUCGCAAUUCCAGAGCAACCACCUCCUCUUCAUCCUCUUCCAUUAUAUCAAUGCAGCAUAGUCUCAGUAAAUUGCCGAUUUUGCGUGGAAAUAUGGCCUGCUCUGCCGUGCAAGAGUCGUCCAGCCCUACAGCAACUGCCGAGACAAAGGCAGCGCCUGCCGCUGAAGCAAAGCCAGCUGCUGAUGCUGAGGAGGAGAAGGAAGUAAAGGCAGCUCCGAAAGCAGCUGCAAAAGCAAAGCCCAAAGCUGCAGCAAAAGCUCCUGUGAAGCCACUGCCACAGAUGAUGGAGGACGUGAUUCCUUCACUGAAAGCCAUACUCGAAGCUCAAGAAGAUCUCUCUGAAAUUCAGCUCUCCUUCAAAGACAACAAGUUGGAGGGUUCAUUUCUGAAGAAGGGCAAUCCCUAUUCCUUCUGGGCUUUCUUCCCUAAUGGAGUUCUUACAGGUCCAAAGGGGUUUUCAUUAUCCUCAUAUGGCUCGGAAGCAAGCACUGUUGAGCCAUUUCUCAUUGACGAGAAGAAAAUUACAGCCAAACAUGUAGUAUUCUGGGUAGAGAAGCGUUUGGCAGCACAAGGAAUUAUCCCUGUAUGGAAAGAAGAAUAACAAUGCAUUUCUGCCUAGUAAAUAUUCCCUAUGGGAAAAGAAACAACCAGCUGUAAAUUUUGUUCUAAUUCAUUCCACAUAUGAUGCAAGACAAUCCACCAUAGUAUCAUUUUUGUUU